AUGACAAACUCAUUUGCGCAUGUUCUCGGGAGAGGAGGAUUUGGAACUGUAUACAAAGGCAAGUUACCCGAUAGUGGUCAGGAUAUUGCAGUGAAGAUCUUGAUGGAGAUAGAGGGAAAUGGAGAAGAGUUCAUCAAUGAAGUAGCUAGCAUGAGUAGAACAUCUCAUGUCAAUAUUGUUCCUCUGCUUGAAGUGAUUAAUAAUAAUUUUGGAGGAGUUUCGCAUAAGUCAGAUGUCUAUAGUUAUGGGAUGGUGGUUCUUGAGAUGAUUGGAGCGAGAAAUAGAGAUAAUUUUGUGAAGUCAGGAUCCAAUAAUAGCUCAAUGUACUUUCCAGAGUGGAUCUAUAAGGAUUUUGAGAGGGGAGAAACCAUGAGGUUUCGUGGGCAGAAAGUAACAGAAGAAGAAGAGAAAAUUGCAAAGAAAAUGCUGUUCGUUGGUCUAUGGUGUAUUCAGACCAGUCCAUCUGAUCGUCCAACAAUGAUAAAAGUCAUUGAAAUGUUAGAGGGGAGUGUAGAGGCUCUUCAGGUUCCGCCUAAACCUCUCUUGUAUUUACCUCCAACAGCGGUUCAAGAAUCUGUUGAAGAUAGUACUUAUGAAACUUCAAUCGUCUCUAACCCUAGUCAGUCUGGAAGAGAUACUCUCUCUGGUGAAGAUACUUUACGCUUUUCCAGAGGAGUGGUUCACCAAAAUCAUGAAGUGGGUCAACAUAGUUCAAGGUCCUCCAAAGUUAAAGCCAACAAAGAAAGUGGAUCUCUUACGUAA